AUGAACAACCAGAACCUCCACGGGCGCAGUGGUGGUGCGCCGUACGACCGCGACCGCGACCGCGAAAUCGACGAUCGACACCGCGCCAUGCAGCAGCACGAGGAUUUGCGCCGUGACCAGGAACGAGAGAGAGAACAAGCCGACCGGAGCCAGCAGGGCCGUUCGGGCCCUGGAGGAGCUCCCCAUCAGAGCAGUGCUGGUUCCAUCCCCAUUCACCAGCCUGUGGCAUCACGGAUCUCCGGUGCUAUACACAGUCCUGGCGGUCUACUUGCCAAUCACAGCGGUAAUCCACCGCCCCCGGGUGCUUCUUUGGGCGCGCCGCCCGGCCCUGUCAACUUUGGCGGACCGCUGCAACAGAGCGGCGCCGCAUCGCAGCAGCAUCAAAUCUACGCGCCGAUUGGGCAUUCGCAAGCUCCCCCGAACGCUUCGCAGCCGGCGUCCGGCCCGGCUGGUCCUGGAUUUGGUGGUCCCCAUCAGGGCCUGCACCAGGGACAACAACAGCAGCCGGGCCAGCAGGACGCUCGUGGGACGGCCGCAAAGGGAGCGGCUGCUGUAGUGGGAGUGACGCCUGGCGGCCAUCAGAUCCCGGGGGGCAUCACGCAGGGCCAGCAGCCUAUUUUGAAUGAUGCCUUGACUUAUUUGGACCAAGUCAAGGUCCAGUUCCAUGACCAACCCGACGUGUAUAAUAGAUUCUUGGACAUUAUGAAGGACUUCAAGAGUCAAGCCAUUGAUACACCGGGCGUCAUUAAUCGAGUCUCUGAACUGUUCGCUGGGCACCCGAACCUGAUUCAAGGUUUCAACACAUUUCUGCCCCCGGGCUACAGAAUCGAAUGCGGCGCUGGGAACGACCCGAAUACGAUCAGGGUGACAACCCCGAUGGGGACUACAGUACAGUCCAUCGCUGGACGAGGCCAAGGAGAACAUGGCGGUCCCGGUGCUGGGCAGCCUCUGUUCCCCGAACGCGGCGCCCAGUGGCAGCAGCAGCAGCCGCCGCAACCACCUCAGCAGCAGCGUUCGCAGCACAACAUCGAGAGCCCAGAGGCCAACUUUGCCACACCCUUGCAGAACGGGGCUAGUCUCUUCGUCCAGGCCGCUGCUCAAAGUGGCGCCUUUGAUGCUCCAGGCUCAGCGCAAAGAAAUGCGCCCCAGGGACAAUCUGGCGCUGUCGCCGCCGUGACAGGCACUAGACAGACUCCAGGUCCAACAUCCGGCCACGGCGGAGCACACUCCGGUCCCGGCAACCAAGCCAACAUGGAGCGACGUGGCCCCGUCGAGUUUAAUCAUGCGAUUAGUUAUGUCAACAAGAUUAAGAACCGGUUCCAAGACAAGCCAGAGAUUUAUAAGCAGUUUCUUGAAAUACUGCAGACCUACCAGCGGGAACAAAAGCCCAUUCAGGAUGUCUAUGCUCAAGUUACCACUCUCUUCAACGCCGCACCGGAUCUGCUCGAGGACUUCAAGCAAUUCCUACCCGAAUCUGCAGGGCAAGCAAAGGCGACACCCGGCCGUGGAGAUGAAGGCGCGCCUGCAGGCUCUAGCCAAACUCCCCAGCCUGGCGGGCAAAAGAUGCCUCCUCUGGGCAGUUUUGCUCCGCCUCCCAGCGCCAGCAAAGACAACAAUAAGAAGAGGCCUCGCGGCGACAAGCAAGCUGCCGUUGCUGAAAACGCCCCUCUCGACACCAACGCGGCAAGUCGGCUUCAGCAGAGCGUCGUAAAUGGGGCUGGCAAGAGGACAAAACUCAGCCAUGCCAGGGCCACCGGGGAUCCUUCCACUAUCGAGCCUACACUUACCCCAGUCAUGCCUGAGCCAUAUCCUCCUCGCCCCUCUGCCACCUCCAACCAGGAAGAAAUUGCCUUUUUUGAGCGUGUCAAGAAGUUUCUCAGCAAUCGGUCGUCGAUGAACGAGUUCUUGAAGCUGUGCAACCUUUUCAGCCAGGGCAUUAUUGACCGCAACACCCUCUUCCACAAGGGUGCCCUGUUCAUCGGAGCCAACCCUGACCUCAUGUCCUUUUGGAAAACAUUUGUCGGCGUGAAUUCUAAUGACGUCGUAAUUGAGAAUCGGCCUGCACCUCCUACGGAGAAGCUGUCCCUCAGCAAUUGCCGUGGCUACGGCCCUAGCUACAGACUCCUUCCGAAGAGAGAGCGCUUGAAGCCUUGCAGUGGCCGCGAUGAAUUGUGCAACUCGGUUCUCAACGACCAGUGGGCCUCGCACCCUACCUGGGCCAGCGAAGACUCUGGAUUUGUCGCUCACCGGAAGAAUCAGUUCGAAGAGGGUCUUCACAGGAUCGAAGAAGAGCGCCACGACUACGACUUCAACAUUGAGGCCAAUCUGAAAUGCAUCCAGCUGCUGGAGCCCAUUGCGCAGCAAAUGCUCGCCAUGUCGCCUGCCGAGAGAGAAGCCUUCCAUAUGCCUGCCGCCCUUGCCGGCCAGAGCACGUCAAUAUUCAAGCGAAUCACCAAGAAAAUUUAUGGCGAGAGGGGCAUUGACGUUGUCAACGACAUGUACAGCCACCCCUUUGACGUGGUGCCCGUCUUGCUGGCCCGUAUGAGACAAAAGGAUGAAGAGUGGCGCUUCUCCCAGCGUGAAUGGGAGAAGGUUUGGCAUGCGCAGACGGAGAACAUGCAUCUCAAGAGUUUGGAUCACAUGGGCAUCCUGGUCAAGUCCACCGACAAGAGGAACCUGACUGCGAAGCACCUGGUGGAUGUUAUCAAGACCAAGCAUGAGGAGCAACGCCGAGAGCGUGUCCUCAGGGGCAAAGCCCCGCGGCACCAACUGGUCUGGGACUUGAGCAACAAGCAGGUUCUCCUCGAACUACUUCGCUUGAUGAUGCUGUAUAGCAUGCACAAUGGGCAGCACAGCACGCAGGAGAAGGAGAGAAUUUUGGACUUUUUUGAGAGCUUCAUCCCGGCCUUUUUCGACCUUCCCGAAGAAAUGUAUCAGGACAAGCUUCCCAAGAUGCAGCCUGAUUCUGGCGAGGACGAUGUCGAGGAUGCUACGCCUGCUGAGCUGACCAAUGGGCGAAGCCGCCGUAACGGCAAGAAGGGGGACCUACUUAGAGGAGUCUUGGACCCCGGACGCAACGGCAGCAAGCCCAGGAGUCAAAAGGAAGACAGUGCCGCUUCUGGUAGCAAGGAGACCACUCCUGAUGUCACGUCGGCCAAUGAAGAGGAGAUGGCCGAUGCCCCGGAGGAAGCUGCUGUUCCAGAGGUGUCGAACGAGCGGUGGAUGCCAACCAUUCCCAAGCCGGUAGUUGUCAGCGGAGACAACACACUGCUUGACGAAGGCGGCGAGUUGAAGGCGGAUGGUUUCUUUACCCGCCCCUGGUACAAUUUCUUCUGUAACCAGACCAUUUACGUCUUCUUCAGCAUCUUCCAGACCCUUUACGGGCGUUUGCUGGAUAUCAAGGAGAGCCAAGAGUUCGUUGCUCAGGCGGUCGAGCGCCUCAACAGGCCCAAGCCGGCCAGAGAUAUUGGCUUCACGGAGAACCACAUGACCUUCUUUGAGCCGACGGACCCCCCGGAGACUUAUUGGCCCAAGACUGUGGAGUUGAUUGAGGAGUACAUUACUGGUGAUGUCGACGAGAACCGAUACCAGGAUGUCUUGCGCCACUACUACCUCAAGAAUGGCUGGAAGUUGUACACCAUCCAGGACCUCCUCAAGACGCUAUGCCGACUGGCCUUGACUUGCAGCAGCACCGAUGCCAAGGAGAAAACGCCGGAUCUCAUCCAUCAGUAUCUGACCAGCCGGGAGAAGGACGAGACGAGUUAUCAGACGGAAAUAUCGGCACGGAAGUUUGCAGAGAAGUGCGUCAAGGACGGGGAUAUUUUUGUUAUUUGUUGGUUCCCCCAGAAGGCCGAGGCGACUGUGCGAUGGCUGCAGCGCGACGAGACGACGUUCUACAUGGACGAGAUGCAGGUCCGUGAGCGUUGGCAGUACUACAUCUCGUCGUUUAUCCGAGUUGAACCGACCGAGGGCAUUCCCCGAUCCAAGCUGCAAAAGGUGGUUCUCACGCGAAACCUCCCCUGCGGUGAUGCCGACUCAGACUCCGAUGAGGUACCAAAGCCGCUUUCGUACAGCGAGAAUCUCACGACUAGCAUCUGUCUCAAGAGCUCCAAGAUGGUCUGGGGUCCUGGUACCUCGGAAUACUUCAUCUACGACAGGUCGCCGCGCACGCAGGAGGAACGCGAGCGGCGGGAGAAAUUCACAAAGGCCCUUGGCAUGCACCGCGAAAGCAAGCUCGUAGAGAAGAUGGUGCACAACCCCUCGUGGACCAAGGACAUGAGCCCCGAGGAGGUUCAGGAGCAAAACAAGAACUUCCGCAAGUGGAUGGACGACGGGGUUGCGCCACCCAGCGGAGACGUCGAGAUGGACUAA